AUGGAUGAGGAUAAACGGCAAGAGCUUAAGACCACCAUCCAGUCAAUGCCUGGUGGGCCGUCGGAGGAGGUCAAGCAGCUCCUCGUGCUGGCAGAGAUCUAUCGACUGCUGUCUACCAAAGAGAUGAAUGCAGUAAGAAGAGCCGCGGUUUACCCGCGAUUGCUCAGCAAAAAGUACAUGGACGACAAGGAGCUUUACACACCAUUGUGGAAACAAGCCUGGUAUGUGAUUUUCCCAGUGCUGCUUUUUAUGCUGUGCUUUGCCAUCCAAAGCUUCUUCCUCCACAUUGCCACGGCUUUUUAUGUGCGCUACAUGGAUCGGCUGCAAAAUUCGGUAGAAUCUCUCGGCGCCAAAGUUGGCUCCACGGUGGAUUUAGCCGCAGUCGAAGGUGGAGAACUAUUUGAUUUGGUAGCACGAAUGGCAGCAACGAAUUCCACCAGCGACCCGACAGAAGCGGUGAGGGAUGGCAACAUCAAGAUUCCUAUGAUCGUUCUAGACUUGUCAGGCAUCAUUCCAGCGUUUCUUUGCGUGUCAUGCUUCGCCUAUUCGUUUGUCCAAAAGCGAUUUCACAUUGGCUUGUGGUACAAGACCUUCCUGAUUGCCUGCUGUAUGGCAAUCAUGAAAGGCGUUCUGGAUGUAGUGACGGUCCUGCCUGACUCGAUUGGCUGGCAACAGUGCAAAGAUCGGCUUGGGGAAGUGGGCCUCCAGAAGAUGCUGCACCGGCAUUUCUUUACGGACUUUGCGCACACCAUGGCCGCGGCGAUCAGUGAUGAGAUAUUUGGCGUUGAGGGGAAGCGCAUUCGCUAUUGUGCUGACAUGAUGAUCUCUGGGCAUACGUACUUUGCCUGCUUAUUUUCAUUGGCUGCGUACAAGCUGACUGGAGCCAUCGAGCUGACGAAAAGAGUCCAGUUCUGGGUCGGCUUGCUGUGUGCGUUUUGCGUGUUUCUGGAAGUGGCCCUGGUAGCAGCGGCUCGUUUCCACUACACCGUGGACAUGAUCACGUCCGUGAUUCUGGUUGUUUUGCUAUGGGAUAGCCUUUACUUGGAGCAGGUGGCCUCCGAUUGGUCCGAAGGUUACAGUUGGCAGGAUCCUCGCGCGUUUGCACAGCAGACGUGUUGUGGGAGGACGUGUGGUCCUGGCAAGGACUCCGGUGGCAAGCUGGGCAAGCCCAGGGUGCUACCGUCCCAGUCCACACACUUGAUCAACAUGCGAAUGCUUUCGGGGAGCCCAUCUUGGCGAGAUGAUGUGGACGGAAAUGGAGCUGCAAGCGGAGGUGAUGAGCUCUGCGGACAGGGCUUCCUUCAGUGUGAAGUCUGCCAGCCGCUGAUUUAUCAACACCGACAAGGCGCACAACCAUGA